AUGGCUUUGGUGUCCUAUGGGAGUUCGGGGGAGGAAUCUAAUGAUGAUGAAGAAGAUUUGGUUGUCAGCAGUGAGAGUAAUACAACAGCUGGCAGCAUAUUGAAAGACCGAGUUGAACCUGAGUUUAAAAUGAGAGUCCCUAAAAGUGCUAAGCUACCUAACCUUGUCCCAAACAUUCCCAUUGUCAAAACAAAAGACGGUAAAGUUUUUCUUUCCGUCCCCGACUUGGAGGCGUUGGAUUCGUCAGAUGACAGUGACGAUGAAAGCAGUCGUUCAGCCAAGAAUAACAAGUCCUAUCGAAAUUCUAAACCUGGAACAGAUAAAGUUAGCCUUCUUUCUGUCCUUCCGCCAACACGUGCACUUAUUGUCCGAGAAGGGAACAGACCAAUGAUACCACAUCAACUAAUAUCUAAAAAAAAUACAAGUCAUACUGUUAAAGAGACAUUGACUAUGAAAACCAAACCUGAAAAUGUUGAACAGAAACCAAGCUCUCAGAACAACAACGAUGACGAUGACGUUUGGGAUGCUGACAGUAAACAAGAUUCUGAUAAAGACACUUUAGAGUUAGCCGAUGAAGAUGUUGAAGAAGCUAGUUUCUUUUCCUUUUACAAACCUACACCUAAUAAUCAUGAAGCUGUCGCUUCAGAAAGAGCAGCCGCACUAUCGGCACUACAAGCAACUCGAAAAAAAGCCGAGUUGUCUAGCAAACCAUCAACUGUAGACAAUGAUGAUAGUAAUUCAUUCAUAACAGUUAAAUUGUCACAUGAUGAAAACUCAACUACUAGUCGACUCACUGCAAAAUCAUGGGAAGAGUGUUUACCAAAGGUUACUAUAAAUGAUCCGGAAAUUCUACGUCAAAUGUCUUCUGUUCAAAAAGAAAUCGCUGAACAUGAAAAAGAAGAUGACAAAGAGGAUGUUGAAGAAAAGGUCUUUUGGACAGAAGAGAAUUUCGUUCCAGGUCCAGAGCGUAAACGUGCACGUCUUGUUAUGCCUGGUACAAAAUCUAACAAUAUUGCUCUGAAUGAAUUAUUACAAUCAACAAAUACAGAAGUGAUAUCAAUUAAUCAAUCUGAUUUAACAGCUGGUGCUCAAUUAGAACUGAUUAAAUCUGUUACAAGUGAUGAUUCACAGUAUAGACCAAAGUCUACAGAUGAUGAUCCUGGCAAAUUAGCACAUAGAAAGCAUCAAAUCACAUGGCUAGCUCAUCAGGCUCAAGAAAAUGAAAUGGAAUUAGAAAAACGUUGGGCGGAAGCAAGACGUAAUAAGGCGUCAAAUCGAGCUAAAUAUGGAUUUUGA